AUAAUUUAAUUCUUCGACAGAGCAUCAUAGAGAGCAGAUGGGAGGGAGGCAGUGGACUUUAUCUGGACUUCCAAAAGGCAAUUGCCAUUGUACAACAUAUGAAUAUUAACAAAUAUGGCAUUGAGGGAAAUAUACUGAAAUGGAUAGAAAACUGUCUUGGCGGAAGAAGACCGAAGAUCAACAGCAAUAUUCAUGGUCACCUUCUCCGCAGUUCAAUGAAGAAAAAUAUUCGCCUGCCCUUAGGAGCAUGAAAGGAUUAUCUGGUAGUCGUAACCAAUCGCAGCUAUGCUCUGGACAUACAUGUGGUCUAGCAUCUUCUGAGGAUUGUGAACAUGUGCAUGACCAUGUCCAUCAUGGGCAAGAGCCUAGGCAAUCAUAUCUCCUUAGCCCGACUGAAAGCUGUCAAAUGGACCAUCACCGUUGUUCACCACGGAGCUCCAUUCAUUCAGAAUGCAUGAUGAUGCCUGUGAUGAUGAGUGAUCACAUGUCAAGUAGCACUUUUCCCAGGAUGCACUAUAGUUCAAACUACGAUACCCGGGAUGACUGUACUGUGACACAUACUAGUAGCAGUAAAAUAAAUAGAAUUCCAGCAAAUCUGUUGGAUCAAUUUGAGAAGCAGCUUCCUCUACAAAGGGAUGGAUUUCAUACCUUACAAUAUCAAAAGGCAUCCACCUCUGCUGAACAACGAACAGAAAGCCCAGGGAGAAUAAGACAUCUUGUUCAUUCUGUUCAGAAACUUUUUACAAAAUCUCAUUCUUUGGAAGGCUCAUCAAAAGGAAAUGUGAAUGGUACAAAGGGAGACAGCCGAGAUGAUCACCAUCAUAGUCACUACUCAAAGCAUAGCAAGAGGAGUAAAAGUAAGGAACGAAAGCCUGAUAGCAAGCAUAAAUCUGGGAUGACAGGUUGGUGGAGCUCUGAUGAUAAUUUGGACAGUGAUAGUACUUAUCGAACAUCUAGUGUAAUGAAUAGGCAUCAUGCUGAUCACAUAUCUCAUUGUUAUCCUGAAAAUCUUCAGGGCCACUUUGGAGAUCUUUCCCUAAAAACAUCUAAAAGUAACAAUGAUAUGAAAUGUUCUGCAUGUGAAGGGCUGUCCAUGACACCUGAAGGUAAAUUUAUGAAAAGGAGUUCCUGGUCUACGCUUACUGUAAGCCAAGCUAAAGAAGCGUAUCGCAAAUCAUCAUUGAACCUGGAUAAGCCUCUAGUUCAUCAAGAAAUCAAAUCUUCCUUGCGACCAUGUCAUUACCUUCAGGUGCCUCAAGAUGAAUGGGGAGGGUACCCAUCAGGUGGCAAAGAUGAAGAGAUUCCCUGUCGGAGAAUGCGAAGUGGAAGUUACAUAAAAGCCAUGGAGGAAGAUAGUGGAGACUCUGAUACAAGCCCUAAAACAUCUCCUAAAAUAUCACCAAGGCCAGAGCCUUUGUUAAAAUCAGUCGGACAGAGAUCCCACAUGGAUGUUCAGAACCAGAGCUACCUACAAGCUGCAAGUGAAAUGCCUCCUGGCCAUAUCCUGGACCCAUCAGGGAAUUACAAUUCUCCUAAAUUUCGUUCUCGAAACCAGAGUUAUAUGAGAGCUGUCAGCACACUCAGUCAGGCCAGCUGUGUCAGUCAGGAUUUCCUCAUUGAAAGUCUGCAAGAAUGCUUUACCUCAAAGGAAUAUCCUGAGAUCAAGAUGAGUGAGACAGAAAUAAAUGGGCAAUAUGAGUCGGUUAAUGAGUCGGUCUUCAGUGAAGUUGACUCGCAUGCAGUGGAAGCUUUGGACCUCCCAGGAUGCUUUCGAACAAGGAGCCACAGUUACUUAAGAGCUAUACAGGCUGGUUAUUCCCAGGAUGAUGACUGUAUCCCUACUAUCACUACUUCCAAUGUCACCUCAUCUACAAGGUCAACAACAGCUGCUACAUAUGCGAAUUACAAAAAAGCACCUCCACCAGUCCCACCACGCACCACCUCAAAACCACUUAUCUCAGUGACAGCACAAAGCAGCACAGAGUCUACCCAAGAUGCCUAUCAUGACAUCCGGACUCAAAGGAUAUCACCAUGGCCUCAUGAUGGUAGGGGACUUUACAAUUCCACAGACAGCCUUGACAGCAACAAGGCCAUGAAUCUUGCCCUGGAAUCUGCUGCAGCACAUCGCCAUGCCUCAGAGAUUAAGAGCAGCUCUGUAAAAAGCACCAGCGAUAAAGCUGUUCUAGUGACAAAAUCAGAUGACUUCCUUAAGAAGAGGCGUUCCUCCAUAGGAAUUCAGGUGGAAGCAGCAGACUCUGACUCUGAGAGCAAAGUUCAUCGGGAAUAUCAUUCUGUGGGAGUGCAGGUGGAAGAUGAGAAAAGGCAAGGGCGUUUUAAACGGUCAAACAGUGUGACUGCAGCUGUGCAAGCUGAUCUGGAGUUAGAGGGAUUUCCAGGACAUAUCACAAUGGAGGACAAAGGCUUACAGUUUGGAUCCUCAUUUCAGAGACAUUCUGAACCUAGUACUCCAACCCAGUAUGGUGCAGUAAGAACAGUACGGACUCAGGGAUUGUUUAGUUAUAGAGAAGAUUAUAGGACGCCAGACACAUCAAAUCUACCACCACCAGACCCAUGGCUUGAGCCAUCUCAUGAUACAGUGGAUUCUGGUAGAAUAUCCCCUAGUAGACAAGAUGGUACUUGGUUCAUGAAGCUGCUUCAUGCGGAAACUAAAAGAAUGGAAGAAUGGUGUAAGGAUAUGGAGAGAGAAGCAGAGGAGAAUGACCUCUCAGAAGAAAAUCUAGGUAAAAUCAGGAGCGCCGUUGGAAGUGCACAGCUUCUAAUGUCUCAGAAGUUUCAACAAUUUUACUGGCUUUGUCAGCAGAAUAUGGACCCAAGUGCCAUGCCCAGACCAACCUCCCAAGAUCUAGCAGGAUUCUGGGACCUGUUGCAGCUCUCCAUAGAAGAUGUAAGCAUGAAAUUCGAUAAACUGCAUCAGUUAAAAGCCAAUGAAUGGAAAGCAAUUGAAUCGCCAGAAAAGAAGGAUGAAAAAAAGCUCCCACUUCCUAUACCAAAGAAACUCACCAGAGGAAAAUUCCCCAUUACUAGAGAAAGAUCACUUGAUCUACCUGACCGACAAAGACAAGAAGCAAGAAGAAGGUUAAUGGCUGCAAAAAGAGCAGCAUCAUUCCGGCAAAAUUCAACAAGCGAGCGAGCAGACAGCAUUGAAAUCUAUAUACCUGAAGCCCAAACAAGGCUUUAAGUACUGCAACAUUUUCAUUUUUUUAACAGAUAAAAGACAUGCUUGUACAGUUUGUAACACACCUUGUCAUUUUAGCCCCCUCUCUCUCUACUGAAUAUGCCCUUGUUGUUGUUUUCUUUGUGCCAUAAGUGCAGUGGAAUGCUUUUUUUUUUUUAAUUUCCUCCGGAUUUGCGAAAACUCAUUGCGAAACAUAUUUUGUAUAUCAUGCCAGCCAUCCAUACCAGCUACAUGCAUAGGGCUUGAUAUGACCUAGUUUCACCAUGUUCUCAAGGACAACAAGAAAAACCUCUCAUGAUGGAACCAAGGUUAAAAGUCUUAUUUCUAUUUUUAUAAAUCACUUGACAAUUAGGAACAAUUAUUAAACAAACAAAAGACUAAAGGAUACAUCUCAGCCCAUCGCUAGAGGCAUUAGCUAUUCCAAGUAGAAGGUGCUACAAAUGUAAAGUGCUGGAAAGAAAGGAUAUUUUACUUGUUGACCUUCAGUUCCUUUAAGUUGCAUCCGAUGAGAUAUGAACCCUUGCUGCUCCUCCCUAGCACUGCUAAAUCCUAAUCACAAUCUCAUCUCAAGAGCCUGGAUCUAAACAAAGAUCUGUCAAAUUACUAAAAUUCCAAAGAUUUUGGUUCUGCAGAAAAUACAAAUCCUAUCCCAACUGGUGACGUUGUUUAUGGAACGUGGCACCUCUGCAAUCAACAGUGUCUCCAACUAGCCGCUCAAUAUCAAUGCAAGAGCACUCGAGAGAAGGGGUGGGGACAAGAAAGUGAAUGCCUUAAAUGAUCUUUUUCUUAGAUAUAUAUAUGGCUCAUACCUUUUGGUUUACAUUUUGUUUCAAUUCUAUCUCUUUUAAUAGAUAUACAAUUUAAACAUUUGCAGUGUAUGCUAUUUAACCCACAAAGCUAUAUUUAUUAUGUGGCUAGGGCAUCCUUGAAGAAGAAAAAAAUAUUUGCUGUUAUACCAGUUUGUGAUGUAGUAACCAUUUUAAAAAUCAUAACUAUAAGUGGGUUAUAUAUGGUUCUUUUAAGGUACAGUAAUGGUGAAAUGUGCUUUCCAUCUGUAUUUAAUUUCCUCACUUCAUUUUUCCUGGAAGUGUUAGCUAAAGCUUGUUUCUCACAUUCUUAUUUAAUGUGACAAGGAAAACGGCAAGCUUAGCGAGAAACGUGCACUCAUGAAAUCUAUGAAACGUAGCAUAUUUUUAUGACGUUUUUCAUGAACUGUAUGCAAAAUAUAAAGAGGAACCAUUGAACCUCAACGUUAUUAUUAUCGACAUUUCAGUUUUACUUGGAACUUCUAGAGCUUUGUUUUCUUUCUUUUUUUUUUCAAUUUGUCAUAGAACUUCCCACGGCAUUUAUAGCUAAUUAACAGAAAGGGCUCAUAUUUCCAAGCUGUAACCUGGUUUUGGUAUCAGGGAAAAUAGACAUAGGAAUUUCUUGCUAUUUCUUAAACACUGGAUUACUGCCAUCAUGCAGGCAUGCAGUGCACCCCAGAAUUUUCGUCAUGUAUUCCAGUAGUCCUAGUGAUCAUUGACGGUAAGAGAUUUGGGCCCUAAUAUAGAUCAUAUCUACCCCAUUCAAGCCCCUGACUCUGUGUUAAAUCAGGUCCAGGCAAUAACUGAAAAGCAACUUUAGAUUCAGUUAUAGCCCAACCUGGUUCCUAAGGCUUGACAUUACUUGCGUGCAGUAUCAAAUAAAUAUCUAAUAUAUCUAUGCCAUACAAGAGAUUAAAGUAUUUAAUUUAUGCCAAAAUAGGCAGCUUUAUUUUAGUUUCAACGCAAUGGGAAAGUCACAAAUAUGUUUGGCUAAGCCCUAUUUUGCUGUAGCCAGAAAACCAUGAAUCAGCUGAGACACUUGCUGGGGGCAUUUUCCCAAUUAAAAAUUUGCCAGGAAUGAAGUGUAAGCCUGUAAAAGUGACCAUAGUCCAAAUCAGGGCAUAUACAUUAAAUUGGUGGUUUACUUUUAAGUGAACUUUUAGGGGGUUAUUUACUAAAAUCCAAAUUUAUCGAAAUUAUAUUAAUAAAAAGAACUCAACCAAACUCCAAAACCCGAAUUUAGCUUAUUUAUUAAUUUUUUUAAAAAAAGCUUGAUUUAAUCAUUUUGUGGAAAACUCAAUAAAAUCGAGCA